AUGAAGAAUAAGUAGCAGUAGAGGCAAGAGUAUUUGGUUUAGGUGUAAGUAAUAGAAGUAAGAGAUCUUAAGGGCGGAGAUAAGACUGGGGCUUGUGAUCCUUUUGUGAAGAUAUCUGUAGGUAAUUUGCCUCCAUAAGUAACUACAACUAGAAAGGCUGCAAAUACUGCUGUGUUUAACUAAUCAUUUACAUUCACUGGGUUGUUAAUGAACUCGAUAGAAUUCGAGAGUUUUGAGAUUAAAAUAGAAGUGUACGAUUUAAAACAAUUUGGAUAAAAUCAACUUGUUGGCAUUUACUCAGUUGGAAUUUCAACACUCUACAGGAAUCCUGCUCACGAGAUCUUUAAUACUUGGUUACCUUUGGUUCAUCCUAAACAAGGAUUAGAACCGUAAGGGUUUUUAUUGGCAUCCGCGUAUGUUAUAUCUCCAACUGAUCGUCCGCCUGUCCAUGAUAUGAACGAGAAUAAUGUGGAGGAAGAACCUGAUGAAUUUGGAGGUGUUCCAGAUGACCAAUUGAAUCCAGAAUAAUUAUAAGCGAGAAUAGAGAGAAAGAAUAGAAUCGCUGUUGUUUCUAAGCCUGAAAUUCGGGGGAAAUCCUAUCAAUUGAUGGUUAACAUUGCGAAAGCAGAAGAUUUAGCGUUGAUGGGUUAUCCCACCCUUGAUAGUUUUAUAUCUGUAAGAGCAGGAGGAACAGCUUAAAUAACAUCGGUAAUGAAGAACCAAUAGAAACCCUAAUAUUUGUCUAGAUUGAUGUUCCCUUUGCAUUUCCCAUUUUUCAAUGAUAAAAUAGUGGUAAGAGUUUGGGAUAGAAGAACUAUGGCAACAGAUACUUUUAUUGCGAUGAUCCCAGAAGUCCCAACCGAAAACGAUUAUUUUAAUAUCAAUUUUUUGUAGAGUAAAGGAGGAACUAUGCCAUUCAGAUGGUUCAAUCUCUAUGGAAUACCAUAAGAUGAAAGACCAGGUGGGUUUCAAUAGGCAUUUCUUGGUUACAAAAAGAGUAUCAUUGGAACAGACUUCAUGGGCAGAGUCUUGAUGUCAAUAAACCUUACACAAAGUGAAAAACCUGAAUUAAUGGUUGUUCCACUAACAACUCAGAGAGAACCACCUAUUGAUAAAUAUUUGUUGAGAUUCGAUACGUNUACUUUUAACUUUACAAAACAGUUUGCGGAGAAAACCCCAUAAUUCCAAGAUCUUGAGAGAAUAUUAGUUACAAAUUAAAAAUAAAAUAUUAACUUGGAAAAACGAGAAUAUAUUUUACACUAAUACAUACCUUAAAAUAAAAAAUAAGUUAUUCUAAGAAAAUGA